CCUUCUUCUUCUUUUUUCUCCAUGUCUUCUUCUUCCACACGGCGUGCAGCAGGGAGCUCAACUCCACCUCCCUGCGUGCUCUCUGCUCCUUGCUCCAUGGCGCUCGGCAGCAGGACUGCUCCAUGGGCGUCACCUCUCACCUUCUUCCUCCCUUCCUCCCCACGGCUGCAGCUCUCCCACUGCUCCCUCACGCCAGCAGCAGGGAGCCCAGCUCCUCCUAGCCAUUUGCUCGACGCUAAUGUAGCAGGACGCACGGAGCCCUCCAUGGCGUCUCCUUCCCUGGCCGCGUCCAAGGCCGACAGCCAGCCUCCCCUUCCCUGCUCUUGCCGUGGCGAGCUCCCUUCCUCCAAGCGCUCGGCUGCAGUGACCUCCCCUGGCCUGAGCUCGAACAGCCGGUCUUCUUCCCCAACGCCGGCCUCCAUGGAUGCACGGCUCCCACUCCCAUGGCGCCCCUGCUUUUCCCUGUCCGGCCAGGAAAACGCCCUUCCCUGUUUUCCUCUUCCCAGCACGCCAAAGCACCCUGCUGUUUCUUGCGCCCUAUUUUUUUCCAUGGACAGCAGCAGGAGCAAUGCCGCCCAGGCCCCUGCUCCUCCCCUCUUCCCCACAAAACAGCAGCCGCAGCGAGCCGCCGUCGUCCAUGGCGAGCAGCCUCUCCCCUCGUCGCGUGACAUCACUCUCGUGCUCGCUGCGCAGCCCAUUCACGACGCCGUCAAAACCCAUGCUAGACGUUGCCGCGGAGCCACGCGCGAUGCCUGUUUCGGUGAAGCCCCUAAACCGUGGACGCAUGUGCAACCCGAAUCCGAGUUUGACAGGUCGAUAGAUUUAUGA